GUGGCGUGCAGGAGAGACAAGGCAGCGGGAGAGAACGAAACGUACCACGGUCUCGUGGAUUCUGCCUGCACUCUGCGACCAUUCCGCAGUAACACGUCGUCCAAGUCGGUUUCGCAGCGUUCCUCGGUCUCUGGCCUCUUGCCACGAGGCAGCACACGUCCUCGAGAUGAUCCAACAACCGAUCCGCCGUGGGACCGGCUUCUUUUUACCGAUCCUGCCUACCUCUGUCUAAAGUCUCCCUCGAACGGAAGGAAACCUCUUUCGAUUCCUGCUCCUGAAAAAUUCCUUCGAUCGUGCUGGAAUUUCACGUGCCAAAUAUGGUUCUGUUUCCUUCUGCUCCCCUGGUCUCGUAACGUUUAUGGGAUCUCAAAGUGGUGAACAGGAAGGACACUUUAAAAUAAGUUUCCAGUCAACGUGGAUGGUGAUUCUUAAGACGUUCGACCGGAGGAGAGUAAAGUUGUUUCGGAGUUGCACGUAACAGCUCCGGUGACGCUUCGUUUUUUGAAUCGACGAGAAUGAAGGGCCACGAAGAAGGUCGAGAGGAUUUUAGCACGGUGAACCACAGCGUUCGUCGGGGACGCCUCGAGAAAGGGAAGUGACAAGAAAUCUUUCGGUGUUUGAAGAGCUUACGAAAUGAUCGAGAAUUAGAAUGUGUUUACCCGUUGGUGUUUCGAGUGACUGUUUUCGAUGACACUUCCGCGACCGGUUGCCUCGACUAACAGGUGAUCGUUGUUUCACGGCCGAUUCCUCUUUUUUUAUAUUCAUCAACGGUGACUGACGAAAGUUUCCUUACACCCUCUGUAUGAUCGGCGUCGCUAUUAUCGCCGGAAUUCAUGAUGGAAAUGAUUGAAGACAAAAGAAACCGGACAUGAACAAGAUAAAAGAAAAUUUUGUUCAUCGAAAACAAUUUCUUCCGCUGUACUUGUGAAGAUCAAAUGUUUCGAUACUGAAGAUGAGAUAUGAAUUGUGCCGUGUGAAAAAUGAUGGGUUUCCCGGCAAAACCGGAAAUCUGAACAGAGAUUCGAUGAAAGUGAGCCGACACGAGUUGUGUUAUCGGUAUUAAUUCAAAAAGUAAGUGUCGUUGUGUGGCUUUCGUCCAUAAAAAAGUGAAACGUUGCCCGAUUUUACUGGGGCAAUAAUUAACUCGUCCUUAACGACUUUGGAUACACCUGGUUCGCCAGCGUGGUACCAUCCAGCUGCGCAGGAUCAACGAUCAGCCGACGAAGACCAACUCAUUCAGCAACAAAUGUAGCGGUGCUUGCACUACCGCCGGUCAUGUCUUGUUCAACACGCCAGCGAGAUACUUUAUUGCUGAUAAUUCGAGGCCGGCCCCGCGAGAGACGUGCUGAAGCAAGAUGGCAGUUUGCAGCGGCUUACUCAUUAUUUCGCGAUUACUUCUCAUCGUCGUAGCAUUGACUGUACCAGGAACAUGGAUAAACAUCGGCCUGCAACACUUUCCACAACUCGAAACUGCUCAGAUGAUAGAAACUUACGACGUCGCUGCAUCGAGCAUUUGUCAUGGGCUAAAAGGGCUCUCGCAAGGCCAAGGGAAACUAUGUCAGUUGUCCGUGGAUCACAUGCCAAGUGUUGCAAAGGGUGCAAAAUUUGGAAUUCACGAGUGCCAGCAUCAAUUUCACGACCGAAGAUGGAAUUGCUCCACUGUCUCUGAUGAGUCAGUGUUUGGACCUAUGCUUAGAAUAGCAAGCAGAGAGACUGCGUUUGUCCAUGCGAUCACAGCUGCAGGAGUGGUAUAUUCGAUUAGCCGAUCUUGCAGAGAUGGGCAAUUAUCCUCGUGUGGAUGUUCUAGAAGCAGCAGACCCAGAGAUCUAAAGCGAGACUGGAUCUGGGGUGGCUGCGGAGACAAUCUCGAAUACGGUUACAAAUUUACACAAGCAUUCGUUGAUGUGAAAGAACGUGAGCGAAGUUUUAAAAGAGGCAGUAGAGAACAAGGCAGAAGCUUAAUGAAUCUUCAUAAUAACGAAGCCGGACGCAGGGCUGUUAUAAAACGGUCCAAAGUAACAUGCAAGUGUCACGGAGUUUCUGGAAGUUGCAGCUUAAUUACUUGCUGGCAGCAACUUGCUUCCUUCCGAGAAAUUGGUGAUUUUCUCUUAGAUAAAUAUGAUGGAGCAACAGAAGUGAGAGUAAAUAGACGUGGGCGUCUGUCUAUGCGAGAUCCAAGAUUUUCGUUACCUACUGCGAAUGAUCUAGUUUAUUUGGAUGAAUCUCCGAACUAUUGUCUUCCUAAUGAAACACUUGGAUCGUUAGGUACGCACGGAAGAAUUUGCAACAGAACAUCAUCCGGUAUGGAUGGAUGUAAUCUUCUUUGCUGCGGUCGAGGAUAUAACACACAAAAAUCAACCAUUAGAGAACGAUGCGAGUGCAAAUUUCAUUGGUGUUGUUUCGUUGAAUGCAAAACUUGUGUUAAAAGCGUAGAUAUUCAUACUUGCAAAUAAAAUUUCAAUUUUAUUUGAUA